CUUCAUCCCAUUGGAAUAUUAAGCCCAUCCUAUCUCAGUAUAACUGCCUGUCCCCCAAAGUGACAGAACAGUAAAGAGAUUUUAAUUAACUGGAAUUAAAUUGCAUCAAACACGUUUGAGGAAUGAGAGGCACGUUGACAAAGAUCUGCAGAGCAGGAUUCCUGUCUUUCAUCCUUAUCUCAUACAUUGCAAUCACAUCUUCAAUGACUCUUGAUUUAACUGAGCUGAGAAAUAAAGUUUCAAAGAUCAAGGUGAAUCCAAGAGGGAAUCUGUGGGCAACAGGACAUUUUAUGGGCAAGAAAAGUGUGGUGGACAGUUCAUUUAUGGAGUCUGCCUUUGAAGAUGCUCCCACUGAAGUGAGAGCCGUUAGUCCUGUGUACAGAGUGAAGGACCUGCAGACGCUGCUCAUACAGAUGCUGAAAACUACCCAACAAGCACAACGGAAACAGGCACUGGACAAAGGAGAAAGGGAUCCUGCUUGAGGAGCAUUUCAACCACCUUGUAACAUCAUUACUGUGACAAUACAAACUCCCACAGAGGAAGAGGCGUGUGACAAAUAAUGCUCUUGUAAAAAUAUAUUUACAUAUAUUUCAGUGUGAUAUAUUACAUUCUGUAUGACAGUGUGAA